GUAGCUCAUGGAGAGUAGAGCGGGAGGGACUGAGUGCGCGAGCGAGAGAGAAAGAGAGCGAGACGCCGGAGUGAGUCGCGAGCGAGGGACUGGAGCUUAAGCGAAGCUCGCUCUCCCCGAACGCGAGGGGACUCUCGCGGUGGCUUCAUCAUCGCGGUGGUCCCUCUCGUGCUCGUUGUGUGUUGUGUGUGUUUUUGUGUUAUUUUGGAAACACGGCAAAAACACAUUAAUUAAUCGGAAGAAAUUCCACCGAAAAGGGGGAGCAGAUAAGAUAUCAGAGACACUAUCCCGGAAAUCAUAUCUACCCGCGAUUGGUCACGUACAGUAUCUCUGCCUGCUACAGGGGCCUCUAGACUCUCACCUGGGCGAUAAGAGAUGCAGAGGGGGGCUGUACGUGAAUCAUCCCGGAGAGGUUACUUUUAAUAUGAAACUUUCCACCACUGCAGUGCCUCUCUCUGCUUGUCUGGCUGCCAGCUGUGCUGCACUCUCCCUUUUCCAAGGAGGAUCCUGCAGAAAAUGGGGAGAGGUGUGCUACACGUGUAUCUAGGACUUGACGAGAUGAAAUGGAGAGCUUGGGAUGCUCUGACCUUUUGAACGAAAGCUCUUUGUCAGAAGUCGGUAGCCCCUCACCCAAGCAGGACAAGAUAGGACACAGGGACUCGGUCCGGGAAGCUGAACCAAAACUGAAGGAGGUCAUGGGUCUAAACGGUUACGUGGGCUCUGGUACGAAGGCGGAGCUGUUGGCAGAUCUGGCCUCGAGAUCGGUCUCGCCAGGCGUGGCAGUUUCAAAGAAACAGGCAAAGAGUGGCCUUCCAGCAUACAUCGAUGGGGUGGCGCCCCCUACAGCGAGCAGCGGUGGCGACGCUUUGGCCCAGGUUCCCAAUGGCCACCCGGAGAAGGGGGAGGCUGCGGAAGGAACCAACUGUUUGAGGCUGGUUGAGAACGGGGAUGAUAAAGCAGCGCACCUCAAAGGACCAAACUGUGACUCGCCAUCCCCCCCUCAUCGGCGGAUCCGCGACCCCAUGGUGGGAGGAGCCAGUACGGGAACAGCCAAGGCUGGAGUUGAGCAGUCGUCCGCGGAGCGCAAAAGGAGGCGGGUCGAAACCGACGAAAGCGAAUCAGAAACGGGCACGACGAAGUUGCCCGUCACGGACAAGCAUCCCCACGGUGCAGGUCACAGGGAUCACUCCGUAGGCUGCAGAGCUGCCGAGGCUUUGGCCACAGCUAACCCAGCCCCGGGUGCAAGACCACAUGCCACGCCAGUGCAGGGCACAUCCCCGCUGUCUGCGGUGGCGGGCUGGUCGCCGGAGCGCAUAGCGCAACAGUACAUCGUGCCCUGCAUGCGUUACUAUGGCAUAUGUGUGAAGGAUGGCUUCCUCGGGCCGCCGCUGAGUGACCGCGUCCUAGAGGAGGUGGAGACGCUACAGCAGAGCGGCAAGUUCUGUGGCGGCCAGCUCGUGAGCCAGAGGGCCAUCCCGUCACGCGACAUUCGGGGCGACCAGAUCACUUGGGUGGAGGGUCGCGAGCCGGGUUGUGAGAGCAUCGGGACCCUCAUGGCUCACAUCGACGAGGCUGUUAUGUACAGCGCCAUGAACGGCCAGUUGGGAAACCGCGUCAUCAAUGGUCGCACCAAGGCAAUGGUGGCCUGUUACCCCGGCAACGGUACCGGAUACGUGCGUCAUGUGGACAACCCGAAUGGAGACGGCCGCUGUAUUACCUGCAUCUACUAUCUCAACAAGGACUGGGACAUUAAGGUUCACGGGGGCAUCCUGCAAAUCUACCCCGAAGGACGCAGCAUGGUGGCCAACAUCGAGCCAAUCUUCGACCGCCUGCUCAUCUUCUGGUCCGACCGGAGGAACCCACACGAAGUCAGGCCCGCCUACGCCAUGCGCUAUGCCAUCACAGUCUGGUACUUUGAUGCGAAGGAGCGGGCAGAGGCCAAGGAGAAGUACCGACUGGCAACUGGGCAGAAAGGUGUUCAAGUGCCUGUCACACAGAACAGCAAGACCUAACCCUGGAACAGCCGGCGCAGGGGAAGAAAAAAAAGCUCAACAGUGCACUUCAGACAAAGGCGCACCUACCUGCCCUGUUAUUGGACUAAUUUGUGGGGGAGGGGGGAGGGACAGUCAGACCCUACACCCAUGCCCACACACUCAUGGCAUUCAAUGCCUCACCCUUUUCCACUUGGCUUCUCCAGAAGAGAUCUUAUUGGCUGGCCGGCUCAGUGGGCGAUGUCUGCGUGUGUGGUUGGGGGCAGGGAACCGGAGGCAGAACAAUCUGCAGAACUACUGCAGUAACACGGGCAGAAGACCUCCUCGCUGAGGCCAAAGGAACACGGCAACCGACCCACAAAAGCAGCAGAAAGGACCAAUGUGUUCUGGGUAUAACCCUCUAAGUCUUGCUUUAAAUUGGAGUCAGACUACACUGCAAUGCCUUUUUUGCUUCUGCACAAGCUGUCCUUCCUCAUCGGCAGCCCUGGUCCCUCGAGGCUGCUGCCUGCACCAUCAAAGGCGCCAUCGUCUUCUGCCCUGUGGUGCGGUACAGCGCAAGAAGCCCCCUAACCUGUCCUUCAAGGAUAAACGUUAGGUUCUUUGGAUCUUUUCACAAUGCUGAAGCAAUUUUUAUUUUUUUUAUUUUAUUUUAUUUUUUGCUGACCUUUCCUUUUAUCAGGCAUGCUGUGCAUGGUGCUCGCCACAGCACGCCGAAACCACACGUUCCCCGCUCGCUGCCUGCCGUGGGCGUGGUGGUCUACUGUAGAUCAGUGGUUCCCAUCCCAGGGUGCUGGAGAAUCCAGCGCACGGGGACUCGCUGGGUUCCUGCAUCCUCACGCUUACCGGAGACGCCGACCAGAAUCCCGGUGUUCAUUACAUGGUUCGUAACGUUAACUGAGUUCCCUGUAAACUUAAUUGUUGGUGUGUUUGUACCGAUAAAGAAACCCAGUUUUAUUCAAGAAUGUUUGGUAUUUUGUUUAUUUGCUUCAGUGACUGUUCAUUUGUGCCCCACAAGUGUUAACGUUUAAUGGUCAGUGAUUUGAGUUAUGAUGAUGCACAGUAUAGUAGGAUUAAUUAAUCAUUCACCUAAUUAAGUUGUCAGGGGGCAGAAAUUAACCAUGCCAGACUAGACAGUAUGAACCAGUAAAAUGUUUUUUUCACAAACAAGCACACAAUAGGUGUAAUAUGUGGUGUAUUUCUGUUUUAUGUAUAUAAUAGAGAUUUAUGGAAGCACUCACCAGCAGAUCUUCUGGGUCCCCGUGAGCAGGGUUGAGAAUUGCUGGGCUAAAUUAGUUGUUUCUUUCACACUUUCUAGAUGUUUGUCCUUGGAAGGGGUCUGUAGGGCCUUAGUCUGACCUUCAGCAGGGCACACUGCUGAGUUACAAGUGUCCUACACGUGAUGCUAUGGGUCGACUUCCUGUCUGACAUCAGCUGCUCAGGAAGUGACAUCAUUGGGGAAGUUCCUUUGCAGCUUGCAGCCCUCAAAUGGACAUGAUGAGACCACUGGUCCCUCUGCUUCACCACAUCAACUGUAUGGAGCCACAGCUCCUGAGAGUCAGAUCCAGCAAGAACAGUUACUGCUACUCAAACUCAGGACAGAAUGUCCUACAUAUAUGCUGAUGCUCAGAGAUCUAACAGACAAGCAAGUUAAAAAAAAAAAAACUCUCAGACAGUCUAACAGUCUCGACGUACAGUUAUUGCACGGCAGUGUCCAAACUACUUUCAUGAUCCUGCUUUUGAGACAUGGAGCUGCCAGAGUUCAUUCAGAUGUGUUUUCUAUUAUAAAACUUUCACACAAAUAUGGUCAAUGAAGCAUUCAUUGGAACAGUCUGAAAACGGCACAGUUGAGAUGUGUGAUAACCAAUUAUCUUGUGUGUUCUGUACAAAAAGGGCAGAAGCUUCCCUUUACCGCCUGUUCAAACACUAUGUUGCCUUUCUUCCAUUGAAGUUAUUUUGUUUGCAUUUCCUUUCUUGAUAAACAGAUUUUGUUGUGUAGUUUAAAAAUGUUUCUAAAUUUAAGAUGUUUAGUUUUUUGUACCUAUAACUGUGGUUUUACAACAAUGCCUCAAACCCUAACUUGAUCUUGUAUUGUUAUCCUGCAGUGAUUUCUGCUGCUGGAAGCCACAGUCAGUUCAGGUAACAGGUGGCAUAAACCAGUUCAGAGUGAAAAUUUCAAUCAGCCUCCUUACUCCUUGAGUACUUGAGCUUACAGGAGGGGUAACUGGAUUUGUUGGAGGGAUGUCCCAGUGCUGAGAAUAUGGGUCACCCAAAGUACUUGAGUAAGUGUACAUGUCUGUGUGUAAGUACUCUGGAAAUACCUACGUGAGCAUGCAGGUAUCCAGUAUUCACUAUGUCUACAUCCAGAGCUGCCGGUGCUGUUCGGCCGAUACACUCAUGCUGAUUUCGCAGCACAGCGUUGAGCAGAGCGAAGGAGGCCACGAGUUCUGCUGGGUUCCUGCAUGUGCUUUCCUUGAAGCAAGAACAUCAGUGGCCAUGCAGAGCUCCAACUUCAGACCAGAUCUCGUUAUCAUGGCCUUUACUUUAAGGUUCACGUCUCUCACGCUGUUAAAUUUUUUACCCGGUUUGCUUACAUCCACCCCACCUUCCCUGACCUGCUAAAGGCCACCCAGUCCAAUCACACUGACGUUACGCCACGGCGGGCCGGAUCCCCCAAGCUUCCCUCCAUCAGCUCUUGGGAAUUGGACACUCGAUGCAGGGGAGGGCAUGACAGAGGCGGCGGCACGGCAAGAUUGGGCGGGGCUGAGAGGAGCUGCUCUUUCAAGAAGAAACUUAUCUCAAUGUACCAGAGGGCAACGAUUUUGGGGAGGAGCCACCUGCAAUGGCUAAGCAGGCUGUCAGAGAAGGAAAAAUGCACUUUAUUGUUGGACACAUAAAAACGAGAGAAAUUUAAAACAUGCUUUAAGCUGUGGACAUUAUUUCGAUGCAAUAGAAAUUUCAAGUCGUCGAAAAGUUUGCUUAAUUUUUUUCUGAAUUUUGCAGUAUUUAAUUAAACUGUUUUUGUACAAUCUCA